GGGCUCAGUUGAAAAGCGAGCCCAGCGCCCCAAGGGACAGACACCGGAACUGCAUUUUAGAACGACCUUUCAGGCCAAUGCUUUCCGGACCCAGUUAGGUGUGGGACCCAGGAUAGUUACCCUGGUAACAGGCGUCGCUCUUAGUCUAGGAGCCAGUGGUGAGUUGGAUUCUUUCUAAAUAAUCGUCCUUUGGAGGCUUGUCCUAACAUGACUUAAGAGGCAUAUUCAUUCACCUCAGUCAUGGAGACAUCUUCAAAGCAUCUGCUCACCCAAGUUACUCAGUUAUGGACCCUCCUAGAUGACCUGGCUGAAAGUGACCCUAAAAACUAUAAAAAGUUCAUUCAACAGCAACUGCAAGAAGGAAAACAGCUCUAUGCUGCUCCAGAACCACAACUUUGUCUGCAGACCAGGAUGUUGAAACCAAAAGAAAAAAAUAUUUUUAUCAACGUGUGUCAGUGGAAAAGGAUCCCAGCUCCCCAGUCAACCUCUCAUCCAGUACCUGUAAGUGUUGGCAAGCCAGAAGAUAUGUCUGAGGCAUCAGAUGUGUACACAGUCAUUGAUGUUGCCUACAAUCCUGAUGUUCUCCACGUAGCAGAACAGGACCAAGUGAAAAAACAUCAAUUAAUACAAAUGACCAUGAAGUGCAUUGAAGAAAAACUCCAGUGUACUCUCUCACACGCCUACCACAUUGCCAAAUUUAGAAUAAAAGGAAACAUUGUAAGGAUGAAACAAAAUCUGAUGGGAAUCCAGACUGAUCCCGCAAACUUAAGAGAGACAAUGAAGACUGAAUUAACCCUUGGACAGAUAAGAAGUACUGUGAGUAAUUCAGAUGAAUUAUCUCAACUACUUCUGCCAAAGGACCAAGUUUCAAGCAAAGUAGGGUGUCUGAUAGAAGAGAUUUCCAGUACAGAGAUUCAGGUGGAAAUGAAGAGACCAGUCUAUGAAUUAAAAACUGUGAAGGAUCAAAAUGAAAAACCUCUGAAAAUUGAACUAAAAGUUGAAUUGCCUGGUGUUAACUCAGUCUCUCUCUGUGAACUUAGUGUUUCUGAGGAUGAUUUAUUGAUUGAGGCCUCUGAGAAGUACAGAUUACAUCUGAAUCUUCCAGAAUCAGUGGAUACCAAGAUGACUACAGCAAGGUUUAUCAAAGAAAAGGCUACAUUAAUUGUCACAAUGCCAUUGGCAUAAAACAUCUGCUUUGCAUUUGCAGUGCUAAAGUCAUAUGCUGAAGAGCAGUGGUUUAUCUUUAUGUUUUAUCUUUUUUCAUUCUUUUUCCUUCUCAUAUAAACUUAGCAACAAACAGAAGCUACUAAAAACAUCAUUUCCGUGAUAAACUUACCUAUUUAGGAAGAUAAACUCACUUCUUUAGGAAGACUUCUUCCUUUCGUUGUCAUUGGAGCUUAAGCACUCUGGGAUGACUUCUUCAGAUUGAGACAGAGAGAGGGCAAGGCACCCACCAGAGACUGAAAUUUCCUCUAGAUAUGGGUUGUAUAUAUGACAAAGCAAGGGCAUUAUCCUAGUGAGCUCUUUUGCUGGCUCUAUAAAUCUUUUCUUAAGAAUGAGAAUAAAAAUAUUUUUAAAGUC